AGAGCAGCUUCCGUAUCCUGCGCAGUUUGUUGUUACUGUUUAUCAGCUGUUUUUGCUGCAGUGGUACAUCUUUACAAGUAGGCGUAAAAAUCGCUCUCAGUCGUUGGUUUUUCACAAAAUAGCAAAACAUAAAAUGAUUUACAUUUGAUGCUACAUUUACAUGGAAACGUGACGAAAAUGGUGACAAUAGGUUAGUCCCAUUGUCCAGUAAUGAGUUGUAGCUAAAUGCUAACCAAACAUGUCAGAUUGCGCUGUAUUAAAAUGCCAUCCAGAGCUAGGAACAUCCUUUCACUAUUUACCCAAAGACCCCGUUCAGAAGCAGAAGUGGUUAGAUUUCAUUUAUAAAUACCGUGUCGAUGUUGAUGAAAACAUAGAGGGAAUACGUGUGUGUAGUGCCCAUUUCAGCAAUGACAGCUUCCAAAACCACAUGCAGAAAGCGAUGGGUUUUGCAAAAAAAUUGAUUUUGAAACACGAUGCUAUUCCAACCAUCUAUCCACAUGUCGCAGCAGUAAGUGGCAGCCAAAAUGGAGCUGCAGUUUCACUUGUCAAAAAAACCGACGUGGCCUGUCAGUCUUACCCAGUAUGUGCACGUGAGAUCGGCCUCCAGUGCUUUUUACCUGCUAAGAGCGUACGCACGGUUGGGACCCAGUUGUCAGAGGGAACUUUAAUGAACAGAAAAAGCCACGGUGGCCAAACCAGGCUAACCAUAAAGGGAGUGGGGGCGGAGCAACCUCUAGUACCGGAUCAUCAUCGUUACCAAGAGGGGCCAGAGUCCCUGAGUGACCCCGAAAGCUCCUCAGAUCCCCCCUGUGACGCCAUCUCGGAGGAGUCGGGCAUCUCUGAGUCGACCAGCGACGUCUCGAAGUACAUCGUUUACGACAGCAGUUUGCUGCGGCUGCUGGACCGCUGCCCCACCUGCAGCCACAAAUGUCAGGUGAACACGCGCGUCAAGGGCUCCUUCCUCUCCGUCCAUCAGCAGUGCCGGCACUGUGAGUUCAGCAUUCAGCACUCUGAAGGACACCUGGACUGAGGGGCACAGCGAGGCCCGCUGCCGUCGCUCCGGCUCGGUGUGUCACGCAGACGGGAGGUAGAGUUGGAGUUUUGCCUACCCUUGCAGUAACAGGUGGAGCUCGCCAUGACUUUAGGGGAUCGAUUUUGGGACGAUGAUGGCAAUAAUAAUGGUGAUAAGUUAUAGGGUUCAAGCUGUCAGGGUUUUAUUUUGCGGGAGAUGAUUGUUCGGGAGAACACUACUAGAACCAACUGGAUACAGAACUUCAGGUCGUUGUAUUGCUAACCGUUUGGUUGUAUUUUGCAACCAAAAAAAAAUACAUUGUGCAUUGGUGUCCACCAAUGCACUUGGUGCAGUAAGUUAACGUGGAUACAUGUGUGCUGCUUACUUUACCAGACAACCGCAUAAACCGACGGCUCUCUAUGUAUCGUGUUAACCCAUCAUAGGUGCAGUAUACCAAUUUGAUGACUUACUUGGCUAUGAUGUUUCCAUAUAUUAACACAUUGCCUAACAUCAAUAGCAUAUUUAUGACAGAAUACAACUGUUAUCAUCACUAUACUAUAUCAUACAUUUCCAAAGGUGAACCAGAAAGCUUGGUUUACGUCAGCAAAUAUCAACAUGAAACCCUUUUGGUGGCGGGAAGUAGCUUAUUAUCAUAAGCUAAGGGCUGUUUCGUUCUCAUUAUGACCAAUGUGUUCCUAUUGAUCCAGGGGGUGAUCUGUAAGUGCACAGUAAGAUCUUUAAAGUUAUUUUCUUUAAGUGAGUUCAUUGUCUAUGUGUUGACGCUCAUAUUGGUUUGAUUUGGUGUCUGGAUAGUUUGGGUAACGCUCACCCUUCGGGACCCAACUGUGUCUCCAGGGUGGAGGUGUACUGUAAACUGACACUAGUGUCUUAACAACGUUGUUCUGCCUUAUUAAAGCUCUCUGGGGUCUUCACACAGCGUGCUUGUUCUCUUAAACACCUCUUUGGCAAUUCACUGUCGGUGCACUUAUCUAUUGUUUUCCGAAGUUGCUGGGUGUUUUCUCCUGAUUGUAUUAGGCCAGCUGCACUGAUGCAGGGGCUUUUCUUUGACCCACGGACACUCGGUGCUGGUGCAGUUUAAAGGAUCACACCUACCUGCACAAGUCUGCGUUCUGCUGGAGUUUAUGGAGUUUUUAAAUUGUUUUGAAUUAUUUUUUACUUGCUAAAUUAUUAUUGUGUACUGUGUUCCUCUACACUCUUAAUGUUUUAAGAUUGUCAGGAAAAGGUCAUCAUAUUGCUUUGUAGCUGGUGCUUGUUAAAAAUAAAAGUAUCUUAACAUACGCUUCUAAAUUG